AUGCUUUAUCGGAAUUAUUUUGAUCAUUCAUUAAUUUACAGGACUAUAGACAGAUCACACUUUCAUCCAAUUGUUCAUAUUAGUUCUGUAGAGCUACCAGAAUCAUUUUUAGUUCAUCUAGUUGCCAUUACCCAAACAGGUGUUCGGCUCUAUUUCACUACAACAUCACUUAUUCAUCCAGAAAUUCGACCUGUUACACUUUCUCUUCUUCACGUAAGGCUUCCUCCGGGAUUUUCUGCCAAUGCUCCUCCUGAUCGACCAUCAAAUGUUCAUCUUGCACAUUAUAGAAAAGGUACAGCAUUAUUAGCAUCAGCAAGAAAUGAUGACAGUGAUAUUCUUUGGGCAAUGAGCAAUGAUACAUUUCCAUUUCAACCAAUUUUAAUGGAAAUUCAUACUAUUCUUCCCAUUACUGGCAGAACAUGGGCAAUGGCUGAAGUUCCUAUUUUGCAGCCACCGAAACCAUUUUGUCCAAUGGUUUUUAAUAACAUAAAUGUUUAUACUGAACCACCACUUUUGGUAACACAGCAUAUGGAAUAUCCUAGACAAUUUGUUUUGCUUUCAGACAUCCCCCAAAGCAAUGCACAGUCAUGUCGCCUGAAAACUAUGUCAAAUGAGCUGGAGCUACCAAACCAAGAACAGGUUCAGAUAAAAAAGUUAGUCCAGAAAGAGAAGAGGAAGAAAACAAGUAUAAGAAUAGGUACUUUAAACAUCGGAACAUUGAAUGGGAAGAGUAGAGAGUUGGUGGAUCUUAUGCAAAGAAGGAGAGUGCAUAUUGUACCUGCAAGAGACAAGAUGGAAAGAAAUAAAGCUAAAGAACUUGGUGAAGCGUACAAGCUGUUUGUGAGUGGAGUGAAUAAAAGAGGAAGGAAUGGAGUUGGUAUCAUAAUUGAUAAAGUUCUAAAAGACAGUCUGUGA